AUGCCUACGAAUUUACCACAAUACACAGUUGACAUUCCCAGCAUGCAAUCCGUGAUUACUGGAUGUGAUUUGAGCAACAUAACAAUAUUACCUUCUGGAUUCUCCAUACUCCCUGAUGGAAUCGAAUCAAGGCCACAGGCGAUCGCUUCUAUGGAAGAUAAAGGAUCAGAAGGAGGAUCUUUACUCACAAUUGCAUUCCAAAUCCUGACUAGUACAUCUCCAACGGCCAAGCUUUCAGUGGAACCUGUGGAGUCAGCUAAUGCGCUCAUAUCCUGCCAGUUGGGGGACAUGCAGACAAGCUUGGAAUGUUAA